AUGUACAUCGUUGGAUUGGCCCUCUGCACCAUGGGAAACAUUGCUUCAGCAGAGAUGUCGCGAGAUUUGUGCUCAGAGGUAGAAAAGUUGCUCGGUAGUUCCAACAUGUACAUCAGGAAGAAGGCUGCCCUGUGCGCAAUCAGGAUCAUUCGCAAGGUCCCUGACCUUCAGGAGAACUUUAUUCAGCGCUCCUCUUCGCUGUUGAACGACCGCAACCAUGGAGUUCUUUUGUCCGGUAUCACCCUCAUCACGGAAAUGUGCCUCUCCUCCCAUGAAACUCUCUUGCACUUCCGCAAGGCAGUCCCAGUCCUUGUCCGUCAUUUGAAGAAUCUCGUCAGCGCAGGAUUUUCGGCUGAGCACGAUGUCACUGGAGUAACCGAUCCAUUCCUUCAGAUCAAGAUUCUCAGACUUCUCCGCAUUCUCGGCAAGGACGAUGUCGAGAGCAGCGAAGCUAUGAACGAUAUUUUGGCACAGGUCGCCACCAACACCGAGUCAUCAAAGAACGUCGGCAACUCCAUUCUGUACGAAACCGUUUUGACCAUCAUGGAGACACCCUCGGACAACGCUCUCCGUGUCUUGGCCAUCAACAUUCUCGGAAAGUUUUUGAGCAACAGAGACAACAACAUCAGAUACGUCGCUUUGACCACCCUCAACAAGUCGAUCUCUCUGGAUGUGAAUGCCGUUCAGCGCCACCGCAACAUUAUCUUGGACUGCCUCCGUGAUGCAGAUAUCUCCAUUCGUCGCCGUGCUCUUGAACUUUCCUUCUCUUUGAUCAACGAGUCAAACGUGCGCGUCCUCACCCGCGAACUUUUGGCAUUCUUGGAGAUUGCUGACAAUGAGUUCAAGCCCAGCAUGACCACCAAGAUCUGCCUUGCCGCCGAAAGGUUCGCUCCCAACAAGCGCUGGCACAUUGAUACCGUUUUGCGUGUGUUGAAGCUUGCAGGAAACUAUGUUCGCGAGGAGAUGUUGGCUGCUUUCAUUCGUCUAGUCACUCAGACUUCAGAACUCCAGGGAUACACAGUCCAGAAGUUGUACUCAGCUCUCAAGGAGGAUAUCUCACAGGAGUCGCUUACUUUGGCUGGUGUUUGGGUCAUUGGAGAAUACGGUGAUAUUCUUGUUCAAGGAGGCAGCUAUGAAGAGGAGGAACUCGCCAAGGAGGUUUCCGAGUCGGAUGUUAUUGAACUCCUUGAGUCCAUUCUUGCUGGACCUUUUGCCAACCAAAUCCUUCGCGAGUACAUCAUUACUGCUCUCAUGAAGUUGACUUCCCGCUUCUCGUCCGCAUCUUCGUCGGAGAAAGUUAAGCAGAUGUUGGCCGGAUUCUCUACAUCGAUCGAGGUCGAGAUCCAGCAGCGUGCUGUUGAAUAUACAAACCUGUUCCUCUACGAUGAUAUCCGCCCAGCUGUCUUGGAGAGGAUGCCCGUCAUGCAGAUCAAGGAGACCGUCGUUGCUGGAGAGCGUCUUAACAGUGCGGCCUCUGGAAACACUAGCAGUCAGUCUGCCGCUCCUGCUGGACCAAGUGACCAGGAUCUUCUUUUAGACUUGAUGGGCAUUGGCACCAGUGGAGGCACCACCAACGCACAGAUCUCCACAGGAACCCCCACAAUUUCAGGAAACGGGCCCGCCAACAACGUCGACUUGCUCGCCGACCUGUUUGGGGGAUCCAACAUUUCGAGUCCACCUGCUGCAUCCAAGCCCUCGGCUGCUGUUGUGAGCGACCUCUUUUCUGGCCUCGGAUCAACAGGCGCUGCCUCGCCUCCAUCAUCGGGAGCAAGCAACAACAUUUUGGAUCUUCUUGGAGGUGGUAUGGCUGCCACCGCUACCUCUCCCACACCUACUCCUCCCGCUGUCAGGGCCGCAUCAGCCAACAGCAAUGGCUCUGCAGGCAGCCAGAACUCUGGCCACAAGACCUACCCCGUCUACAGCAAGAAUGGUUUCUCUAUUGUCUUUACGCCACAGCGUGACAGCGGCAACCCUAACGUUGUCAACAUCCUUGCCACUUUCCAUAACAACCAGAAUGUUUCUGGAGGUGUCAUCAGCGGUAUUCAAUUCCAUGCCGCCGUGACAAAGACCCAACAACUUCAAAUGCGCCCUGCGUCAGCGAACGAGAUUGCAGGAGGCGUGAAUGCCACACAGCUCCUCAAGAUUGCUAACCCACAAAAGACCCCUGUUCGUCUGCGUCUCAAAGUCGUAUAUACCACUGCCAACCAUGGUCCCGUUGAUGAACUGUCAGAGUUUGCAGGGUUCCCUGAAGGCGCCUACUAA